UGUUUUCCAAAAAUUUAUCUCUUUACUUGUCGUCGACAUGUCGGGGGUGAGAAAAUGAUGUCACAAAACUCACAACCCAUAAAACCAACUCUUUGCUUCCCUUUGCUUUCUUUUCUUGAAUCAAAUCCCAUCAUUACUUCAUUUUAUUUGUAAUUCAAAUUACCCUUUUUGCUUCUUAUCUUCACUGUGCUCUCAGACCAAAAGGAAUUCUUGCUGUAUUGGUCUAUUCCUGUAUUUGGAGAAGUUGUUGAUGGUAAUAUGAGUGAACAUUAUGGGAACUCAAGAGCAAGCUCGAGUUCUGCGUCUAGUUUGAAUAGUAGUUCACAAGGUACAGAGGAUGAUCAUACCAUUGCCAAAAUAUUGGCUGAAGAAGAAGAAAAUGUUUCGAGGUAUGGGGCAAACAAGCUUGGGAAGAGACUCUCUCAUUUGGACUCAAUUCCGCACACUCCAAGGGUUAUUGGGCAGAUACCUGAUCCUAAUGAUGCCACACUUGACCAUGGGAGGCUCUCUGGCAGGUUGGCAGCAUAUGGCCUUGCUGAAUUUCAAAUUCAAGGAGAUGGGAAUUGCCAGUUUCGAGCCCUUGCAGACCAGUUGUAUCAUAAUCCAGAGUUUCAUAAGCAUGUCAGGAAGGAGGUUGUUAAACAGCUAAAGUAUUUCAGAAAGUUUUACGAAAGUUAUGUUCCCAUGAAAUACAAAAGCUACCUGAAGAAGAUGAAGAGGUUGGGGGAAUGGGGAGAUCAUAUCACUCUCCAAGCAGCUGCAGAUAGAUAUGGAGUAAAAAUAUGUUUGGUCACUUCUUUUCGCGAGAAUGGCUACAUUGAGAUCCUUCCUAAGGACAUACAGCCUUCUAGAGAAUUGUGGCUGAGUUUCUGGAGUGAAGUGCACUACAAUUCUCUAUAUGAAAUCGGAGAGGUGCCUGCUAGAGUGCGCAGAAAGAAGCAUUGGCUUUUCUGACGUUUUCACCAUCAAAAGUAUUGAGAGCUGCAUUCGACUAUUCUGCCUCAAAGAAACGCAUUUUACAUAAAGGAAGAUCGAAGAGUUCAAGUCAAUGUGUGUGGAGUACUACUGCACUCACUGCUCUUACUCUUGUGAUGAUGACCGAGAACUUAUACGAAUAUAUGCUUCUACAUCCUUAUAUAUAGAUGUAUUUACUCAUAUGUGAAAGUGUAGCUGGUUCAUCCCUGGAUAUAUCUGGAAAGUGUUACGACCAGCAUAAAAAUAGUCAAAUCAGAAGGAAUCCUCAUAAGUCGUAACCUAUAGUGAGCUUCAUAGUUAUACAUUAUUCAUGUAGUCAACUUUGAGAUUGAGGCUAAUGAUACAUAUAUAUAGUUUGAAUACAAAUGCAGAAGAUGCUACAGAA